AUGUCGACAACCCCACAUGUGACAAAACCCAAUUUAUAUCAUCAGGAACCAGACUAUCUUUCACUCUCUUUGAGCGCAUUCACCCGAAUAAUUGCACCAGCGUUACACCCAGCAUUCAACAAGGGGAAAGAACAAGUUAUCGAGUUUUUCGAUGCUGCUGUGGAUGUUUGGUUAGACGUUUGGCCAGAAGAGCGAGCAGUGGGUCAGUUGGACGACGUGGAAGCAGACAAGGAGGCAGAGCUGGAACACAAAAUGAGGAUUGAGCUAUUAAAAAAGCAGAUUGCCCGUCGCACCAACGAGGAAGCGUUCGAACUCCACAACCGCCUCAUAAUCAAUCGAGCUCAGGAUGUCUACCAAGGAAUGCCAUGGAAACAAGUCUUCCGUCAAGUAUUGGAGGAUAGUAGCUGGGCUACGUACAAAUCCCUUCACGACAAACAGGUCAACGAAAAAGCAAGAGAGAUGGAAAAGGAGCUGGAGUCAAAAGACCCUGAGGAGGUUUGGCAGGACUCAGUGGCAGCACUAGCACUGGCGGUGUAUCUGGCUGCACCACAAUUCUACUGA